UCUAACGUGCGCCGUUUCGAAGGAAAGGCUACGUGCUCGGCAGCCGCCUCUCCUCCAUCGUCGGGGGUUAAGAAAGAGAGGAAUAAUGCAGGAUCAAUCGGAUAUCCGAAACCUCCCCAUUGACAUCGCCUUCGCUCGCCUCGGUGAGUGGCUGGUGGAUCGCAAGAAGAUACCUCACGAUUGGAGGAAGCGAUUGAGUGCUGUGCGAUCGAAGAUCGCUUCUGCCUUCUCUUCGCUGCCCAAAGAUAUUGAUCCCCUUUUCCAAACCCUAGAUCCUGAAGCCAUUGGGUACAUAGAAGCCAAACAAAUAUAUAAUAUCCUCUUGAAUUCAAACACUGAAAGUCGUAAUAUUUUUGGACGCUUAACAGGUUCUGCUGGAGAAUGGGAAUCAAUUGUGCGAUCUUUUGAGAAGGACCAUAUCUUCCUUGGAGAGGCUGCUCAGAUAUUGGUCCAAAAUGUGAACUAUGAAAUUCCCUAUCAGAAAAAGCAGGUACAGAAAGUCCAGCAACAGUUGGCGGAGUUAGAACGCAAAGAGGCUGAUAUUAAAAGAAAUGCUUCAUUGUCGGCAGCUAGAUAUUAUGAAGCCUGUCAGGAACUUGGAUUGCAGGGAAAAGAUGUGAGGUUGGAACUUCUGGAGACAGCAAAAUCUCUCCCUUCCACAUUCAGCAGAAUUUUGCAAGUUCUGAGUAAUGAUUCUGUGUUAAGAGCGAUGGAAUACUAUACAAAUUUUGUCAUAGAUGCUCAUACCGAAAAAGAGAAAGCGCCAGGAGCUGUUCUACCAAAUUUGAGGCAGCUUCAUGAAAAUCCUCCUUCUGUUAAUGUCUCAGUUUCUCAAGAAGUUCAGAAUUCUGUAGAAGAGCUGUCAAAUGUGGAUCCAUCAUAUCCUAUGGGAGAACAAAUUGUUGAUACUAAUGUCCCCACUGAUGGUAUUGACUGGAAUAUUUCUGUAGAUGAUACACAAAUCGACUGGGAUAUUGGCAGUGUUGAACAGCCAGAAGAACCAGGUGAUGUGUUUGGUACUUAUGAAAUGAUCGACUCCAAAAUUGACUUGCGGGAUUCUGACAAUGGUCAUGGUGUGCUAUCUGAUAACUCAUCCUUGAAUAAAGUGGAGGAAGGACAAGUCUCUGGAGCUUCAGACUCAGAAAUAUGUUGGGAUAUUAGUAUUGAAAAUCCUCAAGUAGAUGCAGUAGAAGCUCCAAUACCAGGUUCUGUCUUGGAAACUCAUUUGCAAAGAACUGCUGAAUCAGCACAGCCCCAAAGUUUUGAUCAGGAAAGAAGUCAAUUAUUAGAGACAGAAUACAGGAAUAAAAUUCUAGAUGAUUUACUUGAGAUAAAAGCAUUUUUAAACCAGCGGUUGAUAGAAAUGAAUAGUGAAGAGACUUCCUCCUUGCAGCAUCAAGUUCAGGCAGUAGCUCCUCUUGUCUUGCAACAGUAUGCUUCUGAUGCGGUCCAGGUAAUGCUAUUGGAGGUCUCUUCAGCUAUUUCCUUGCUUACAAACCGGAAGACACGGGACUUGAUAAUGAUCCUCAACUCUAAAAGAUUUCUUGACAGAUUGGUGUCAAUGUUGGAAGAAAAGAAGAAACAUGAGGUGAAAUUAAGAGAAAGUCUGAAUGAGUUGUCUCUUAGACGAAUGGAGCUGCAAAAUACACUAUCAUCAUCCUGGCCUAAGCAAGAAGCAGCUAUUGUGAGAACAAGGGAGCUAAAGAAGCUGUGUGAGACAACACUUUCAUCCAUGUUUGAUGGAAGGCCUGUCAAUAUAAUCGGGGAGGUCAAUACAUUGUUAAGCACUGGUGUCGGGGCAUGAUGUGUUAUUGUUCAUCUGGGGAUCUAAGCAACUCUGUUUCAAGCACAUUGAUGAGGUGGCCUACUCAAACAUUCACUGCUUCUGUUGCGCUCCACAGUUUGAGGUUUUGUGAAGAAAUUAGUGUAACUGUGGCCAUUCUGUGAAGAAAUUGGCUUACUCCUAAUGCAACAUUUAUAACGUGGAUGCUCAAUACCACUGCUGUGACAGUGACGAAUACAUAUAGCAAAUGAUAAUGCUGAUUGACUUGAAUUCAAAGAAGACGGACAAGAAACAUGAUAAGAGGCUUUAUACUUGCUGAUGCUGGUUGUUCAAUGUUCGCUAUAUUUUUUUAUUUUUAUUUUUAUUUUUCAUAAGUGAUUUCCAAACUAUUUGAUGGUACAUGCUAUUAUGGGUGAUAUGGAUAGGAACAAAUUCUUCACUUUAA